AUGCCGGAGAUAACACAGCCCGUUGAGACUCCAGAUGAUACCAACCAGUCGGAGCCAGAGUCAGAGCCAUAUUCGGAUUUGGAUGGACGCCCAUACAGCUACAGACAGUGCGUAGCCGCCUUGCAGGCUGAAGGCGUGCCCAAGGAUCUCUCCUCCAAGACUGCUCGAUGGUGCGUCGUUCGAGGAAUACGAACUUCCUACGAAUAUGCAACAAGCCCUGAAGUGAGCCGUAUAUGCAACGACCUGGCCAUACCCCAAUUUGCCCGCGCACGCAACGCACGGCUGAUAAUGAGCAAUGUCAUCCCCGAAGGAAUGGAGGAUCCAAGAGUGCAGCCGUACUGCAUAUGGAUUCCAGAUUUUGCCUCUGUAGAUACCUAUCGCAAACUAGUACAUCGGUAUCCUGCUAUGUUGUACCAGGUUGGCCGGGCUUGUGGUGCUGCUGGAUAUGCCGAUCUGUAUAAAGAGCUCGUUAAGGAUUUCAAGCUACGUCCUGAAGUGUCUAUUGCUGAAGAGGCGCGGGAAAGUGGAACUGAUGGUGGCCGUGAGAUCUACCGCCUGAUACUGGAAUCACCUAUUAAGUAUGCGGUGUUAGAUGACACCACUCGUGGCGUCAAUGUCGACAAUCCACGGUUUCCAGCCUAUCUGAACGGAGACACCGCUGUGCGGUGGAAAGUAGAACCCCGUGGGGAUCUGCUGGAAGACGGAGAAUAUGACCAGGGAGAUCAAGAUAUUGAAGAAGACAACAGGCUCGAUGUAGCGGCUGCUUACUUGGAUGAUCAAUACAAGUAUCUAUCUGCCGAAGAAGCCAAAUGGUUCUACCAACCUCUUCCAGCUGAUAUUCCAACGGUGAAGAAAGAACUCCUGAGAGACAUGGCAGCAUACGAGGGCAGCAUAGAUCGGUACCACAGACUGAUGGACCCCCAGGAAAUGACAUACUCGGAAGUAACAUGCGUUACCCGCGGCAUAUAUCAUAAUACCAUGUUUGCACGGUGGUGGAUGGACCAACUUGAGGUGAAUGCAAGCCGCAUUCCGAAGCAAGACGUCUGGAGAAUAAGGUCGGCCAUCAAUGCCCGCCGGAUCAUGAUAAACGAUAUCUCUGGCUUUCACGACGAGAUGGAGGGCAAACCAUAUCUCAUUUGGUGGCCUCUCAAACCCCAUCGAAAAUGUCUCGAGGCUCUCGCUAAAAAGUGUCCGUCAAUGCAGGAGCAGAUUGCAAUCGCAUGCAUCUUCUGCGAUUAUAAAGAUACAUAUCAAUCUAUCAAUCCUGUACCACACUGGCGUAUUCGUCUUGCAGCUACGAAGAACGCGAAUCCUUUCUAUCUUACUGACAUAGACAAGCGAGCCUCGGAGCAAGGUAUCGAUGUCACAGAACGCCCUGGUGAACGAGAUGGUAAGAAGGAUAGUUUAAGCAGCGACAUCGAACCUACCUCGACGUGGGUAGAAUCACCCAUCAACGAGUCCUCAAUGGUUAGCCGCUUACCGGACUUCCAUCCGUACUUUGGAAGUAGAGUGGAACCCGGCAUAAUUGAGAGAUAUGUGUUCAAGUCGCCGGAGGUUCUUCGAAAGAUUGAGGCGCUACGCACUCGAUGCUUUGGAGAUGAUACGGAUCUAUUGAAGGAGUAG